AUGGGCCGCAAACUCGGAUCAGUUCACUUGAACAGGCGACAAGGGUGGAUUCAAGUCUUCGGCUAUACAAAUCCUUCACGCAGAGACCAGAAGACACAUCUGCAAUACUAUUCAAAGCUCUCCAAUGUCACCAUCACCGCUCCCGUUGAAGGUGACUUGACAAUCCAAGAUAUCAAAGUCCCCAGUCAACGAGAAUAUAAGGGUAGAAAGCCCGUCAUAGAGUCCUCCCUCGCUGACACCCCCUGUGCCGAGCUGGGUAUUGAUGGACUGUUGGAAACACUGAACAGCACUCUUGGCACCAGCUUUGAUCUCACCCCUUCUCUGUCGUCCCUUUUCGAAGCGUACAUCUGUGCCAAAUAUGACUUUGGCACCGCAUAUGGUUAUCUCCGCCCCAUAUGGUAUGACUGCGACUUGAACGUCAUCCAAGAGUCACUACGCACCUGUGAAGUGACAGAUCUAAAAAUACGACAAGAGGCUCUGGUGGGUGACCAUAUUACCAGGGAUGGACUGUUCAUGGCACCUAGGCGUGUCUGGGACCUAUUCAGCAAUCGGGUGGUGCCGUGGUGGGUUGCCAAGCAUACACCAUGGGGAAUAUCACAUGCCUGGAUGGAUAAGAGCCUUCGCGAAAAUGUAGACACUCCCAUCAACAGACAUCAAUGGCCUGUGCCCAUACCAAAAGAUGCCAAUCUCGAGUACAUCCGUAUUGAAUUGCUGAAUCUUGGUGCAGAGUAUGCAUGGCUGGAUGUCCUCUGUUUGAGGCAGAAAGGGGAGCUAAGGGAGGAUCUGCGUGCAAAUGAGUGGAAGUUAGAUGUGCCCACUAUUGGAAAUGCAUACACUCUGGGAAAGGUGGUUUGCUACUUCAGCAGGCUUGGACGGCCUUUGCAGCAUGAUGGGAGUUCCAAUGAGAGCUAUUUCGAUAGCGAUCGGAGUUGGUUCAAAUGCACAUGGACAUUACAGGAGACAAGUCACGAUUGGAUGAUAGGUGGUGAUAUGGGUGAUCAGAAAAUGAAUAGGGAAGUACAAGAAAGAUUCAAGUUGCAACUGUCAUCCUUGCAAAAGGCUCUGAGUCAGUCUGCAGAUGUGUUUAACUAUCUAUCACUAGUGCGGGGUCGUGCAGCUGAGAAGGAUGUGGAUAAAGUUGCAGCGCUGGCAUACUUUUUGCCAUGUAAUUCCCUACCAGCACACAAUGACACACGACCCUCGACAUCUGUGACUUGCUCACAGUCUGAUGGUUUCACAAUUGAACCCACAUCUACUUCCAUCAGAACAGGUGAUCCAACCUCUGGACACAUACCAGCAUACUCUGAGCAGGCAUCUGCUGAAGAUGCUUGGACAGCCCUAGUAAAUGUGAUGUUGCGGUUGAGUUGUUCAGAGAUGCUCUUUCUGUAUCCUGAGCCUGGGCCUGAACUCCAUGUAUGGAGACCAUCAUGGAAGCAGGCUAUGAGCUGGAAGGAGUGUUCCUCAGCUAAAAUAUCUGCAUGGGUUGAAUAUGAUGUGGACACAGGCACCUAUUCAUACAAUGACUGGCACAUUGACUUGGUGCAUGUUAAAGGAUUGGCCAUGCCAACAGCAACACCCCGCAAAGGACACUUGAUUGUCCAUGGGUUGGAUGGAGAGGAGCAUCAAUGUGAAAUUUCUGCUGGCCAUCGACAAGCAAUACCUGAUGGCAUAUAUUCAUUGCUAAUAGGCCACUACCUUCAUCAACAUAAGGCUCCAUGUGUUGUUGGGAGACUGUCUGGCCAAAUGUUUACAAAGAUAUCAGUGAUCGAAAUGGUCUUCCAAGAAGAGAAAGAUGAGUGGCAACUGUUGGCGAACUACUUGAAAGAGAUCUGGGGGAGUAACAUCCUUGUAGACUCAUGCAUUGUUUUUAUUUAA